AUGGAUGGAGCUUACAGUCCGGUUGGCGCAUCUCAUGGUGUCAAUCCCUCUGUCAGCAAUCCCUCCAUUACCCCAUAUUCACCUUAUCCCAACCGCUCGUCAUACUUGCUUGGGGAUUAUUACUGCAAUGGGAGCACGACGAAAUCCAAGUCUGACUUCAAGGAGCUGUGCAAUAUUCUCCAGGAUCCUGAGUUCGUGCCUGCCGAUAUUAAAGACACAAAAUGGGACACGAUAGAUCGGCAGCUUGGGGAUGAUGGACCUAAAUCCAUCUUUAGCACAGCAGAUGGCUGGCGUGAAGGUUCAGUGAAGAUUCGAAUUCCGUCUGGCAAGAAGGGGGUCCAGGGAGCAGACUUUAUAAUAUCGGGGAUUUUCCAUCGACCCCUGGAGGAGGUGAUCUCGACGGUAUUUGCGAGUGAGAGGAGCAAAGAGUUUCAUUUCAAGCCUUAUAGGCUCCUGUGGCAGUGUCUCGGCAGUGAAACAGCCCCUCAGGAGGUGUAUGGAGAGAUGUACUCAUCAUCAGCAUUCUGCCAGGCACACGCAGAUUUGCAGGCCAGUCCACCUGAACCACAAUGUGGUUUACCCCGUGCCGUGGUAGCUUGUAUGGUUUGGUCAGAUUCCACUCAUCUCGCUGAGUUCGGCAAUGCCUCACUGUGGCCAGUUUAUCUCUCUUUUGGCAACCAGUCGAAGUACGAGUGUGGAAAGCCGAGUGCCAAAGCAUGCCAUCAUGUUGCAUAUAUACCAAAGUUACCAGACAAUAUUCAAGACUUCAUCCGUGAGCACAACGGGAAGGAGGCCACAGCGCAGAUGUUGGCGCAUUGUCGCCAUAAGCUGAUGCAUGCCAUCUGGAAGCUGUUGUUGGGGGAUCACUUCGAGGAGGCCUGCUGCCAUGAGAUUGUGGUGAGGUGUGGCAACGGCAUCAUACGCCGGCUGUAUCCGCAUUUUUUCACUUAUUCAGCAGACUAUCCGGAGAAGGUACUUCUGGCAACAAUUCGUGACAUGAGUGGAUGUCCAUGUCCAAGAUGUCUGAUUGCAAAGAAGGAUAUCCACCAACUCGCCACCGUGACUGAUAUGCGCUGUCGUCAUGACACUGCUCGUGUAGAUGAUGACGGGCAUCACUCCAAGGUCCAGCAAGCCCGAAAGUUCAUUUACGAGCUUGGCUACAUUGUGAAUAGUACAGUAGUAGAUGAGAUCUUGAAGGCAGAGUCAUUGGUGCCUACUGAGUGGGAGCUGGGAGUAUGGAAGCAGAUCCUUAUACACCUGAUCCGCAUCCUCCAUGCGGUCAAGGGUGGUAAAGUGCAGGAGUUUGAUGCUCACUUCCGUCAAGUCCCUAUUUUCGGGCAGGACACCAUUCGCAAAUUCAGUGCGAAUGUCUCAGAAAUGAAGAAGCUUGCUGCAAGGAACUUCGAGGACAUUCUUCAGUGCAUCAUUCCGGUAUUCGAGGGUCUUCUCCCACAGCCUUAUGAUGGUCAAAUACAAGAUCUGCUCUUUGUGACUGCACAGCUGCAUGGUCUGCACAAGUUGCGCAUCCACACAGAACACACGCUAACCAUCACUGAGCAAGUGACCACGGAUUUUGCUCAGCUCCUCUGCCGAUUCAAAGUGACGACAUGCACCGCAUUUGAUACUGUCGAGCUGCCUAAGGAGAAAGCUGCACAUCUACGUCAGCAAGCCCGCGAGCGCAGACCAACCGCUGGUACUGCUUCUACAGUUGCUCACCCAGCAACAUCAAAUGUCAAUGCUAUUGACAUCACCAGGCCACAGAGAAAGGAGUUCAAUAUGGACACAUAUAAGUGUCAUUCUCUUGGUGACUACCCAAGGACAAUUCGUGAGCAUGGCACCACCGAUUCAUACACUACGCAGAUUGGUGAACUUGAGCACUGCAAGGCGAAGCAGAGGUUUGAGCGCACGAGCAAGAAGGACUACAUAAAGCAACUGGUGGCCAUUGAAUGA